GGAGGCGGUGAGGUCUCAAAUCCGCUUCACUUUGUUACUUUGUUUUAUUUUUUUGCAGUUAAAUUAAUCCGCUCGGUUAUUUUGAAUUUUUUUUUUUAAACAGAUACAGUAAAAGUGUGUCUAGAACUGAAAUAAAUGAAGUUUGUGUGUGACGACUCCAGAAAACUCCAACUGAAGAGUUCCAAAGUUUCUGUUCAGAGACACUACAGUGCAGCAGAUUAUCUGAGCACAGUAUCCGACCCUAAAUUAAGAAACACCCUGACGAGGUACAGCUGCACACUAGCAGCACUCUAUACUCACACCUGCCACCAGACAUGGAUAUCUACAAGGGUCUGACUGUUCUGUUCUGGAUACUCCUGAUCUUUCUUCCAUCUGUGUUGGAUUUUGAUUUUACAAUAAGCAAUCUGAAGGAGUCUGCGGUUCUAUCCUGCAACAAAGAAUGUUCUGGAUUAGUCAAGUGGAUCAUGAUCCAUAAAAAACGUACUGUAGCUUGGUGUAAUCAGACAUCAUGUCAUUCAGAACGUGGAUAUAAAAUGUCUCAUGAUGAGUACCUGAAGGGGAAUCUCUCUCUUACCAUCACUGAAUCGGAUUACAGUAAGAGGACCUUGUACAGGUGUAUGUGUAAUGACCAAAACAUCUGUAACGUGAAUCUUCGCAUUAAACCUGUUGCACACACCCUGCAGAUUGAGCGUGGAGGAUCCUUUAUCAUGGAUGUGCCCAUACCAGAGUCGGUGACAGUGACUUUUAAAAGAAUUGAUGAUGCCAGUCAGAGCUCUGUUACUCUGUACGAGAUCAGUGAGCGGAAGAUUCAGAGUCAUCCUAAAUAUGAGAACCAGUUAUCGUCCACCCUGGUACUGAAAGAUCUAACAGACUCCAACAGUGGUCUGUACACCAUACGAGACACGGUUAACGAUGAGACCAUAGCGACCUAUAAUCUCACAGUCAUAGAGACACAGAACAACACAGAUGUCAACAGCACCGCGCCUCCAAAACCAUGUGAAGGGUGCAGGAGCUGGAUGCUUCAGUACGAGGCACUAGGUGUUGGAUUUACUGCAGGCCUGAUACUCGGCAUCUUGCUGGGGUUUUUAGUUGUGCCGAGGAUUCUACGCUUGUGCUGCUCUCUCUGGAACAAAGCUAAAUGUAGAGGAAGUUAUCACAGCACAGCUCAGAGUCCUCCUCAUGAAGAAAAUCAACUAACAAUAAAAACUCCCCCAUAAUCAGGUGGCUGCUCCUCGUUGGAGUGACGUGGUUUAUGCUGGUUCAGGGUUUUUUUUUUACUUUUGUCUCAGGGGCUUCCAUGAUAUCAUUUACACUCUGAAUAUCCUAUAUCAUGUUAUAUCCACGUACAGUGGAGUGUAUAUAUACACACACAUUUUAUAAAUUUGCUAACACCAAUAUUUUAUAAAAUAUUAAUGAAUACUGUCAAGAAUGUGAAUUGUUAACAAGACUAUGAGCGGUGACCUUUUUAACAUUGUUCUUGAUCAGAAUAAGUUUUUUGGAACAUUAUGAGUAACAUUAUGGUACCUGAAGAAGAGAACGAAGUGUACCCGAUAGCCCCCUAACAGAAAACAUCGACCUGUGUGAAGGUUUCAAGACUGAAUGGAGGUUAAUUCUGGUAUAAAUCUGCACUGUUAGGGGCAUCCUCACACUGAUCCACAAAGUAUGGGGGGCUAAGAAGGGGUCGGUGGAGGGCGUGUCAGGAGAAUAUACCCACCUCAUACACCAUCGGGGUCUCUAGCAGAGGAAGAGGAACUGGCUAUGACUAAACUAAGAGAAAAAGGGAGAAAAUGCUGCAGUUAUGUGACCUAAUGAGCCAAACAUUAUCCAGUAUGUACAGGAAGUAAAUCCAGCAUGGAUAAGGAAGAAAGUGUUCCGUCUGAAACGAUCCCAUUGCAGUAGGUGUGCAGAUACAGAGUAAAGAAUCAGAAAUCAUAAUUUCAUUAAAGUUUAUAUGUAAGAAUUCAUGGCUCCGGUCCGGAUGGCAGUUGUGUAUGUAGUUUAUAUAUAGUUUCUUUUUUAGUUGUAUUACCAUAUUAGUAGAGUAUAGGGGAUCUGGGGAUUAAAUGUGUUUUUUAGCAAGGCCCUUAACCCUCUCAGUUCCAGCGCCCCAAUGGCUGACCUUGAGCCCUGAGCGCAACUUCCAAACGUUGGGAUACACGGACAAUGAACAUCAUUGUACUGUAAAUGUAUAAUUAAGUAUUAAAUGUAUUUUAAAUAAAUUGUUUCAGCUCA